UUUGGCCCGGCUCAGCCGCCGUGACAGGUCUUUGCGCAUGUGCAGAAGGGAAACGUGAAGAAGGUGAAGAUGGCGGUGGCCAGGGCCGGGGUCCUGGGAGUUCAGUGGCUGCAAAGGGCAUCCCGGAACGUGGUGCCGCUGGGCGCACGGACAGCCUCCCGCAUGACCAAGGAUAUGUUUCCGGGGCCCUAUCCUAGGACCCCAGAAGAACGGGCCGCCGCCGCCAAGAAGUAUAAUAUGCGUGUGGAAGACUACGAGCCUUACCCGGAUGAGGGCAUGGGGUAUGGCGACUACCCGAAGCUCCCUGACCGUUCACAGCAUGAGAGGGAUCCAUGGUAUAGCUGGGACCAACCGGACCUGAGGUUGAACUGGGGUGAACCGAUGCACUGGCACGUAGACAUGUACACCAGGAACCGUGUGGAUACAUCCCCCACACCUGUUUCUUGGAAUGUCAUGUGUAUGCAGCUCUUCGGUUUCCUGGCUUUCAUGACAUUCAUGUUCUGGGUGGGGGACGUGUACCCUGUCUACCAGCCUGUGGGACCAAAGCAGUAUCCUUACAAUAAUCUGUACCUGGAACAAGGCGGCGAUCCCUCCAAAGAACCUGAGCCGGUGGUUCACUAUGAGAUCUGAGGAGGCUUCGUGGGCUUUUGUGUCCUCUUAACUAGGACUCCCUCAUUUCUAGAAAUUUAAUCUUAAUGAAAUCCCUAAUAAAACUCAGUGCUGUGGUA